AUGAACAAUGAAGUUACUCAAUGGUUCAACAUGGUCCAAGCAAAAUGUGAAGAUGGUGAUCUCGAUCCUUUGGUAAUGGUUGUAGAAUGGAAUGAGAAUGGUUUAUUACAACGAGGAAUCCCAAAAAAUACUAUAAUUACUAGAAUUUGUGAUAAUUAUCCAACAUCCGUUCGGCAGUUUUUACCUACUCAUUCCGCUACUCCAGCAAUCGCAUCCACUCUAUCUGAAUCUCUUUUUUGUGUUGAUGGUCGUGUAUAUCUCGUAUCAGCAACAAGAGCAAAUCUCGCAAAUAUUCUAGAAAUUCAUAAUGUAUUUAGUUUGGUUAAUG